AUGCGCGUUUCUCAAUCCAAAAAUGAAGGGGGUGGAUCUGCGGCAAGAGUCCCGGGUGUAGGGGCGCAUUCAGCCGGUGUGGUGGCCCGUGGUGCAGCGGCUCUGAGCUUCAGGCGGACUGGGGGCUGGAGGUUUAUCACCGCGCUGUGCUUCGGAGCUCGGUUCUUCCUCUCCGCAUGUGGACUCCCACCAUUGGACGAGCUGCGUCACUGCUGUUGGUUCAAACCGAGGAGACGCCAAAACAUCCAGGAAGUUCACUCGGUCUACGCGUCUGUCUGCAGCUGCGGCUUCAACUUUUACUGUGUGUUAUGA